AUGAGCAGUGAGAUCAAACGACGAAUCUCGUUCUCAGCCGACUCGGUUCUUACCGCUGUCGUCCAGGAUGCAGACACUACAGAGCUAGUGCGCAUACUUGAUCACCAUGGAGACGAGAUUCGUGUCAACCAAGUCAACCACGUAGGUCUCACCGCGCUGCAUCAUGGCGUCCUUAGCAACAAUCUGGACGCCGUCAAGCUGCUGCUAUGCAACGGCGCCGACAUCAACGCGCAGGACGUUCAUGGCUUCUCUCCGCUGCACACCGCUGCGGCUUGCGGCUUCUUGCAGAUCGCCAGCCUUCUCGUGCUCUACGGGGCCGACGUGUUCUCCCUCACGGCGCAGAAAGAGACGCCGCUGGACGUUGCCAAGGACAUUGGCGUCAUCAGGCUGCUAGCAGACGAAAUGCGACGCCAUAUUCACCAAGAACUUUUCUUGACCUCCAUCGUCCGCAGCAAGGCGUACGAUACGUGGGUCUUGAUGUGCCGUUGUGCAGUGCGGUGCGUGGACGAACUCUUACACGUCGUGAUGCAGCUCUGGAGGCGCCAUAGAACGAAAGAGAAAGUGAAGCUAGAAAGCAGCAAGACAGAGAAUGGAAAGAAGGAAGAGUAG